UUGGCCUUGAGCGCGGCUGCGCGGCCGUGACCCGCAGGUCAAGGCCAUGUCUUCAGGCUUCUUCCGUGGUACCAAUACCGAUCAGGUGAAACAUGUUAAUGCCGAACAAAAGAUUAUCAAGGACAUGGAGAAGAACAAGCGCUUCCCAGACCACUAUACUCAGAAAGUGGACAUGUCCAAGGUCUCCAUGGAUGUCAUGAAGCCGUGGAUUGCGAAGCGCAUCACAGAGUUGUUGGGCUUUGAGGAUGACAUCGUUGUGGACUUCUGCGUGGCGCAGCUCUCGGAGCCGGGGGACAAGGGGCUGGACCCAAAGCUGUUGCAGGUGAAUAUGACAGGCUUCAUGGAGCGCAAGGCUGGGCCCUUCUGCUCCGAGCUGUGGCAGCACUUGAUCUCUGCACAGGAGAGCCCGGUCGGAGUGCCACGGGAGUUCAUUGACCAAAAGAAGGAAGAGCUCAAGAAAAAGAAGGAGGAAGCAGAGAAAGUGCAGGAAGAGCUCAAAAGAAGGAAGCAAGACCUGGAAGAGGCGGAAAAGCAAACCCGUGCCGCCCGGGAGGAGCGGAGAUCCCCGCGGCGUCGCUCCCGAUCCAAGCAGGCCGAUGCUGGCCGGCGCAGGGACGACGACCGGCGCCGCGAUGAUCGCCGCGACGAUCGCCGCGACGACCGGCGCCGGGACGACCGGCGCGACGACCGACGCGACGACCGGCGGGACGACCGGCGAAGAGACGACCGGGGACGGAGGCGUGACAAAUCUGAGUCGAAGAGUCCGCAACCCCGGCGGCGGGAGAGGCGGUUUGAGUGGGAAGAUUAAGCCAGCGCUUGGCUUUUGGCUGAAUGUUUAUGUCCAGAGAAACUUGAGAAGGAGCAACCAACAAGAAUGCCGGGGCAAACUGGUCACAGACGAAAGCAAUCCUGUCAAGUUUUCGGACCUACCAUUUCUGAUGCGAGACCCUUCUUGGAGAAAUCGAAUGUAAACAUUCUGGAGAUUGAGUAUAGACCUGGGGUGACGAACUCCGUGCGAAAAUGCCGGAGAUGCGAAGUGGCAAUCGCCGGUCCAGAAAAA